AGAGAGAGAGAGAGAGAGAAUAGAGAGAGAGCGUGAAAGAGUGAGUGUGCGGUUGAUCUUAUUGAGUCAGUCUUCAGUGAGACAGCAGUGAGUGAGUGAGGACCAUGCGGCGGACAAACUCUCUUCCCCAUCAACUCCACUGCUAUCAUCAUCAUCAUCAUCGUUACAAUUAUCCAAUUAAUCCAACCGAACCGAAGACGAGAAAUAAUGUCAGCAAACAACAGCACGGUGUCGACAACACGGGUGAGGGACUUCACUUGCGUGCGUUUUUACGUGUCCACCGUGUCCUUCUCGGUGCUCCUCUUCUUCAACCUUAUCAUCAACUGGACCAUAGCUCGCGUGGAGCAGCUCCGGAAUCAGGCCCGCUUUGUGUUGAUUUUCCACCUGCUGGUAUCCGCCCUGGUUCACCUGGGGAUGAGCAGUGUCUUCUACUACCAGAUCCACCUGGACGCACAGCCGGUCCGCUCCGCCUGCCUGGCCAUGAUCACCAUUUUGAUCAGCAGCGCCUCAAACAUCCUCCUGACGCUCACGGUGAUGGCUCUGGACCGCUACUGCGCAGUGUGCCACCCGAUGCGCUACACCUCCACCUGCACCGCGGGUCGCUGGCCCUGGCUACUGGGGGCGUUCACAUGGCUCGUGGCUUUGAUUAUUCCCAUCAGUCUGCUCCUCCUCCAACCGGAUUCUGAGGAUACCGGCUAUAACGGUAUGUGUGGCCGGGAGCAGUUGAGAAAAGGCCAGCUGCAGAAGGUGUUGUUCAUAGCUUUGUGCGCGCUGCUCAUACUGUACAGUUACGCGAGGAUACUGAUGGAGGGGCGACGUUUAGGGGUGCUGAAUCGGCGCAACAGGACCGGGUGCAGGACAAUCGCCUUGCACGGCAGUCAGCUGGCAGUUUACAUCCUUCCUAACUUUGUAAACUUCGUCCUCACGGUGUUGAUCAACCGGAAGCUCAUUCAGCCAGAGACUAAAGAGCUGGCAGCCGUGGUCAUCUUUGCUUUCUUCAGCUUAGCGCAAUGUGUUGCGCCUGUUGUUUACGGCUUGCGUAAAGAGGAACUUAUGGAGCAGUUGAGUCACAGGUUCCCCUGCUGUUCUCGAUACCUGAAGAGUGUCCUCGGCUGGACUGUGCACGCCAACUGGCCACACGCACAACACAUAGCACGGGAGCGAGCACUUACAGCACAGACGAUCAUCUCCCUACAGGUCCCGCAAGUCCCAGAGCAGGAGGAAACAGGGCCAAUGUCAGUCAGGAGUUCCUCAAAUGAUUUAGACUCAUGUCCAGGUGAUCCAGACAAUGCCUGAUGGGAAAAGGCAGGUACAUAUCAGGAUCCUGACCAUCACAGGAAUAUAUGGAAAAAGGGGCUCAGCACAGGCCUAAAGGGAACUAAGGAAGUGUCCUGUGAGGUUGUUUACCUCACCAAAGAAUGUGCAUCAUUGUCACACCAGCACAAGACACCAGCACGUUGCACUUGACCUUUUGUCAGGAGUACACCCAUGCUGAUUGGCAUUGAAGCUGCUCAGUGGUCAGCAGCAAAAGACAGCAUGGCUUUAGAAUCAGUGGUCAGUUUGCUUAAUGUGCAUUUUUCCCAGCCGGUCCAAAGAUUUAAGCCUCAAGUCUUCCGGCCACAAGCCAACUUCUCUGUCCCUAAGGUCACAAACAGUUCUGCACCUCCAUUUGGGAUUUAACUGAUUGGGAUGGAGGAUUUACUUUGAACUGAUCACUAGUGAAUGGUGUUUCCUGUGGUUCUCAAUCUUGUGGAUAUUAAAAAAAUGUGAAUUUAAUGGCCAGUUGAAUGUUUCCAGCACCCUUUAAAUCAAGAGAGGGGAGGUCACACAACGUUGCAACCUUUAUAGAACGUUACACAAACGUUCUUUUUUUACAUUUCCCUAACCUUUAAAAAACUUUAACAACCAUGAUACCAAUUGUAUUAUUAGCAGGAAUUAAUGAAGAGGCAGACUUGAUGGGAUUUAAAACUUUAAUAUACAAUAUAAAAAAUUACAAAACAUAUACAAUUAUCAUUAGUUUUAUUGGCAAUAUAGACAAUAGUGUAGUGUGCAAGAUACAUAAUGGAAUGAUAAAGUACCGUAUUUUAACAUGUAUGUAACACUGGAGUAUAGUCACAUUCAUACGGUAGGUGUCCGUUGUGUUAACGGUAACACAUUAACAGUUAUUCAACUAGCUAUACGAUAGCACACAGAACAACCACCAGGGCGUGGAUUAGUAAAUACAGUUGAAAAGCCACUCAGUCCCGGUGUUACACCCCUACAGUUCCACACCAACUGGUUUCCGUGUGUUGUAUUUACCUAACAGCUCCGUUUUGGUCUGCCUCUGUCAUUUGAUUCGUUACACAAUCCCGAACAUAUUCCUGGCAAUUUUCAAAUCGUUUCCCAGAUCUACUGCCGCAAAAAUGUUUGUUUAAGUAAGCACCACAUCACAGCCACCUACAAAAAAAA